AUGUGGCAGUUGAUCUCGAAAGUCCUCGAUGAGAUAGUUGAGAUCGAGACAUCUGCAAAGGAGAUAGGACGAAACCUGGAAUCGCACAUGAAUAGCCUGUUCAUCUCAAAUCUUCUGGUCUAUCCAGCUGACUUGCCAAUAAUAGGAAGACAAGACAGGAGAUGUAUUCCGAUUGAAGCCGUACCAAAAUCGGACCCUAGCCACGGAAUUCGGUUUUCAUCUUGUUUCACGGCAUGUACACGUGCGUAUUCGGACAUGGCUGUGUCGCAAACAAGUUAA